CUUGCGCACCACGGUCCACUAUCCUCAAUGCUCAGGCUACUUGCAAGUAGGAGAGCGCUGGCAGUCGCCGCCGUUGCGGUUGGCGUGCACGAGGCACACGAGAAGCUGCCUAUUUACCCCACUCCUGAAGCGGAGGUCAUUCUAGUAGAGACUCCCUCAGAACUUGAAAAGCAAAUUGCCGUUGCGCGGCGCGCGGUAACGGGCACCUACCUGGAUGCGCGCAGUAGGGUCCAGGAGGUCGUGUCGCGUUGGAUCGGUGUAGAGCAGGCCGUAGAAUCAAGAGUGAAGUCGCUAGUCGCCCCUGACGAGCCUCUUACUCCUGGUGUUCUCUACGUCGGCGUCGCAACUCUCACCGGCUCCGUCCUUGCCCGGAACCGUCUCUUCUGGCGGCUCACCCUUCCUCCUACCCUCUUCCUCCUUUCGCUCAACCACUUCCUUCCCAAGACUUCGCAUAACGUCUCACAGUACCUCGGCUCGCUCGAGGAGGCCCACUUCCCCGCGCUCGCGGAGAAGCACGAGAUCGCGAAGGCACACAGUGCUAUGACGUGGGAGCGCGUGAAGGACGCGACGCGGAACAGCCGAGAGACGGUCUCGGAUAGUGUUGCGGCUCUGCUCGGGAAGAUCGAGGGGGCGUCGGGGCUGAAGUUGCGGGAGACGCUUGGGGUGAAAGGACGGGAGCAGGUUCGAGCGGUGGAGGGGAAAGCCAUAGAGGCUGUGCAUGCGGUUGAGAAGGAGGUUGAGGCUGCGAAGGUCGUGGUUGAGGAGAAGGGGCAGGAGGUUAAGGAGGCGACACAGAAGAAGGUGGACGAGGUGAAGCGACUGGUUUGAGCCGAUUCACCUGCCUUGCGGACCACUCCCCCAUUUUGCGCUCGCACGUAAGGAAAAGCUAGAUAUGUCUCAUUACAUAUUGACAUCCACCGCUGACAUUGCGAGUCAACUUAGUCAGAUCUAUGUAGGCCGUUUCUGAACGAGGGAUUCGAGGCGACGUCAUAUCUCCCCCUGAUUCUAUAAAUGCCGCCACCUGGUGUCAGCUAGGCGCUUUCGCAUCC